AGAUGAUUAGCACAGUCCCGUCUACGUUUGUGGCGCUUCACUUACUAGAAGAAGUGUUAAAGAAUACUACGACGACUACGCUCCUCUGGACGCCUACUGGGUGCUCACGCGUUGUUCGUGGCAUGCUCUGCACGGCUGGAAAAGGCAUUGCCUCGAGCGGUCUACCUGUUUAUAACUCCCUUCAUGGCUAUUGUUUUCCUCCUCACCACAUCAUAGAUUGUACGUAUUACGAGAGGUACGCUUAACGCAACAAGGUGCAUUUAAAAUCAACAUUUUCAGAAGGAAAUUGCUGGAGGGGCGGUUCCGUCGUGUACACACACACACGAGCACGUUAUCUCUUUCCAUUUCUUGUUUUUCUCCCUCUUCCUCUUUGCACACGUCACCAUGGACUCCGCCGCCCCCUCCUCUCCACGAAACGUUGUCUACGACACCCUUCGAAAGGUCCACCAAGCAGCCCCGCAGUUGAAGCCAAUCCCCGCCUUCGAGGUGUACAAGGUGGCGAGGGAGGAGGAGCUCGCGGCCUACCGCAUGCUAUGCCGUGUACUCGUCAUGCACCACGGCACCACGCUGCCCAAGGCCCAGCAACGGAUAUUGGAAGACAUGGGUGAGCAACUCUGCAUUAGCGAGUCGCGGCGGGAGCUCGAGCAGGAGGUGGCGGCGCACGAUGACGUGCUGCUCGGCAUCCGCAACGCUGGUGUGCUGCGCCGUCGAGGUGACUUCACGGACGGGGUGGAGGAGAUGACGGUGGCGCAGUACCUCGCGGAGGCGCCGAAGGAUGACGGCAACGGCCUCUACGCACCGUCGACGAAGACGGCUCGGCUGGACGGCGGUGACGGUGCUGGGGGACGUGGCUACGCUGGUGGGGGUGGUGGUGGCAGUGGUAGUAUGAGUGCCGGUGGUGCGGCGACUGCGGUGGUUGGAGCGAAGAAGAAGGGCCACGUGCACGCUGCCGUGUCGAGGCUGGCGAAGGAGAUUGAGGCGAGCGGAAAGGCGUUGCUCUUCAGCAGUAACCCACAGGAGGAGCAGCAGCUGAUCCAGUCGCUGCAGCAGAAGCGUGACGCGCUGGUAGCUCUCAAGGAGGAAUUGCUAGAGUCCUAG